AUCAUUUUAAUUGAACUCCCAAUUCUGUUUCUUUGUACACUUCUGAACUGUGGGAUUGAGCCCAGGAAUCUUCCCGGAGAAACGAAGGCUCUCUACUCGCACUGCUCUAUUCCAAGCUCCUCCGGAAAAUACGUAUCUUCUUAGGCGCCAUCACCAAAUGGCAACCAAGACACUUGAAGCGCGCCUUGAGCGCCUUUCAGUCAAGGAGGAGAAUGAUAGUGUGAACAAUGGGGGAACCUAUCCGAAGACUAAGAGCUCUCUCGCAACAGCCAUGCCUUUGUCGAGCACAGGGCAAUACAACGGCGCCAGUCGAUCCAAUCUACUCAAGCUCGCUUUACAAAAUACAAACGAGAAUAAAGUAAACGCCAUGAAUGCCAGUCUAUCACCAAUCAAAAGUUCUCAAAGUGCACUAUCACACCGUAAUUUUGACGAGAAUGGGGAACAACGGCACCCAGCUCCGCUUUACGACCAGCCGUCUCCGAAAAAGUUGCAUUUGGGAAUGUUUGAAAUUGGCAAACCUUUGGGUAAGGGGAAAUUUGGUCGAGUAUAUCUCGCUAAAGAGCGAUCUUCCGGCUUUGUAUGCGCGCUAAAGGUGUUGCAUAAAUCCGAGUUGCAGCAAGGUGGUGUGCAAAAGCAAGUUCGACGAGAGAUCGAGAUACAAAGCAAUCUUCGUCAUCCUAACGUUCUGAGGCUUUAUGGUCACUUUCAUGACAGCAAGCGGAUUUUCCUUAUCCUCGAGUUUGCUGGGCGUGGGGAACUAUACAAACAUCUCCGAAAAGAACAUCGUUUUCCUGAGUGGAAGGCUGCACAGUACAUUGCUCAGAUGGCUGCCGCCUUGAAAUACCUACACAAGAAGCACGUCAUGCACCGAGACAUCAAGCCAGAAAAUAUCCUUGUCGGCAUUCAUGGUGAGAUUAAGAUUAGCGACUUUGGGUGGAGUGUCCAUGCACCAAAUAAUAGAAGACAAACCAUGUGUGGGACGCUGGAUUAUCUUCCUCCUGAGAUGCUUAAACCUGGAUCCCAGGACAACUUCUAUAAUGAGAAAGUCGAUCUGUGGAGUCUCGGUGUCUUGACAUAUGAGUUCCUAGUUGGGGAAGCUCCCUUUGAAGAUACCCCUGUCAUGACGCAGAGACGCAUUGCCAGAGCCGACAUGACUGUGCCGUCUUUUGUGAGUCCCGAAGCAAAGGAUCUAAUCAAGAGACUGCUUGUGCUUGACCCGGAGAAACGAAUUUCUCUGGAUGAAAUCCAACGUCAUCCCUGGAUUCUCAAGCACUGUGUGAAAGAAGAGCAAACCGCGAAACGGGGCUCCAGUACACCAAAGGAAGUCAAGGCAUAAAUAUAGCGGCUGCAUCCCUGGGAGAAUUGGAGUUUAGGAGAUCUUGUUCAUUUAUAGUUUCUUUAUUUACAAUACUCUUAUGGUUUGUCACAGCGGAGUUGAUAGAGCUGGUGUUAUUGUUAGAACGGAUGCCGGUUUUCUUGAGUUAGCGAUG